AUGAGCCAGAGCCGGUCGUUGAGGCAGUGUCACGAACUGUGUAGAGGUCUACUGGCGUCACUCUGCAACUUGUCUGUAAAUAAUUCGUUGCUUUGCACGGCCAGCGCCGACUCCCGCCACGCUAUGCACUUGCCGAUUGCCGCUGUGGUGCUCAGCGCGCUGUAUACCACUUGUGCUGCAGACUACUUGGAGGUUUACCAGAGAUGCAGAGCCAGAGACAAAUGUGAAGGUCUUGGCUAUUUCAAUACAGACUAUGGCGAGUACGAGGUGAGCGGCAAUGGCGGGUGCCAUCGCACCAAGGUGCCAUAUAUGACCGAGUUUUGUAUCGACUGGCGUCUUGGACGCGCGCACUUUCGGUUCCAAGGACAGGGGGACAAGCGUUGCUUGCUUCUGGUGAGCACUCAAGACUGGAAGUGCUCGUUCAGAAUGUGUUAUGUACAGGUGUUUCAAGAGAUUGGUUGCUACUGGUUUGCGGCAGAGUCUGGGCGGGAGGAUGAUGGUGCGCUUCCGUUUACCAUGAAGAAGCCAGAGGUGGAAUGA